UGGUGUUGGAGGUGGGUUGGUGUGGAGGGAGAGAGAGAGGAAGAGAGAGAGAGAGGAGAGGAGCGAUAUUUUCUUUUGGUGUGAGAUCGAGAGAAAAUCGUCCGACUGGCACGGGUGACGACAAGGCAAGAGAGAGAGAGAGGUCCUUCUCGAUCUGGCUGGCACAGAGUCUGAGAAGAGGUCUCCGAUUGGUGGACGGCGCGUGGACUGACGGACCGACCCACUGCUCAUCUCAAUGCGGCUGGAUUCGCGCUGAAGUUCAUUUCGAAGCGAUUCGAGAGGAACCGUCGAGCUUUAACGGGAGGUGCCGAAGACUUGAGAAGAGGGUUCUGCGGGCGGAUUCGAGGAGGUGUCGAGUAUUUUGGAGAAGAGGACGUGAAAGAGAGACAAGAGAGAGAAGAGAGAGAGGAGAGAGCGAGAGUGAGAGCAGACAACCGCGAAGAUGGGGCGGAAAAAAAUACAAAUAGCAAAAAUAAUGGACGAGAGAAACAGACAGGUGACGUUCACCAAGCGCAAGUUCGGCCUCAUGAAGAAGGCCUACGAGCUGAGCGUGCUGUGCAACUGCGAGAUCGCGCUCAUCAUCUUCAACAGCUCCAACAAGCUCUUCCAGUACGCGAGCACCGACAUGGACAAGGUGCUGCUCAAGUACACCGAGUACAGCGAGCCGCACGAGAGCCGCACCAACUCCGACAUCCUAGAGACGCUGCGCAAGAAGGGCAUGAACGGGUGCGAGAGCCCCGAGGGCGACGUGGAUGAACUGCUCGGCCCGCACAGCCCCAUGGGACAGGACAAGUUCCUACGCGACGACGGAGACAUGACGGGGAGGGCUGGAAUCCCUUCCCACGGUUUUCAGCUACCGCUGAGCAUGAGCUCCGGCGGGAGCAUGGGCUACGGGGUGACGGGGGGAGCGACGCUCUCCAGCCCCGGGAUGCGACCCGCGAGCACGGGAAGCUUGCUUGGAGGAGACUUGACGGUGUUGACUGGUGCAGGCACCAGUCCUUUAGCAAACGGCUACCCUCAUCAGAGAGGGUCGCCAGGUAUUCUGGGCCCUGGUGGUCAUGUGAUCCGGCCUGGGGGGGGCGGCCUGGCCGCCAAGAGCCCCCCCCCGCCGCAAGGGCACCCCCUACGCAAGCCAGACCUGCGAGCGGUUGUACCCCAGAGUUGCAAGAAUCCUGCUGGCAGCAUGAAUCAAAGGUUAACAAAUUCCCACGCUUUGCAAGCCUUGGUGACACCCAGCCAACUCAGCAGCUACCAACCAAACUACAGCACAGAGUACGCGCUGUCGAGCGCCGACCUGUCGGGCCUCACUGGGUUCAACUCUCCCGGCUCUUUAAGCAUCAGCUCCCUCUCCAACUGGCACCACCAGCAGGGCACCAACAUCAACCAGCUGCUGUCGUGCGGCUACCCGAGCGUCAAGUCGGAGCCGCUGUCUCCGUCGCGGGACCCCAUCUCGUCGGGCGGUGGUCCCGGCUACCCGGGGGCCGCCACCAUGCAGCGGCAGGACCCCCUGGGGCGUCCGAGCGAACGCCUGAGCCCCUACGAGGGUGGCGAGCCGGAUGACCCCUGCGGCGGCACCGGGGGCGACUACCUCAUGCCCGCCGGGAUGGGUCGGGCGGGGCAGCAUCCUCAUCAGCAGCAGCAGCAGCAGCAGCAUCAUCAGCAACAGCAACAGCAGCAGCAGCAUCAUCAGCAGCAUCAUCAGCACCACCUCCAUCAGCAGCAGCAGCAGCAGCAUGAGGCAAGCGGAGGGGAAGGGCCGUUGUUGAAGAGGGCGCGGCUCACGGAGAGUUGGGCGACGUAGGGCGCCACGUGGCGUCGACGGAAACGAGAAACCCCACGGCGGUCGAUAGCGGUAACAACAAACAAACAACAACAACAACGUUAGAAACAACGGCAACGCGUAUUUUAACCUCCCCCCGCAAAUUGAGAAAACUUUCUAAUUUAAUGUAGUUGUAAUACUACUACUAAUAAUGGUAUAAGUAAAGAAAUUUCUAAGAAAAUAGAGGUGAGCAUAAAGACUGGAGUGAAAUAUCACACACACACCACAACAACAACAACUAGUAGAACUAUCAACAAAGGCAUCAACGAGCAAAUUUUUUUUUUUUUAGGAAAACGCCGCGAUUCCCCAAAACGGCCGUUUAAAAGACCGAGGCAUUUACGGGUUGCGUACGUUUAAUUUGAGCCGUUUAAAGCAAGACGGCCGAGCAUUAUACCUGUACAGAAUAAAAGCGCACCUAGCCUGGCACAACGGGCCGCGGUUUGGCGUCGCUCGGCGGGGCCACCGUGCUCGCGACGCGGGGCGAGAGACGUUUAGAAUAAUAAAGAGAUAAACACAAACAUGUUAACUUGACGUUGGGGCACUCCUCCGAGUGUGAACCGCGGGCACGGGUCGGGGGGGCGGGGGGGGAGAGGGGUGCGAAAGCCGCUGAGCGGUUGGGCGAGCGAGCCGAACAAAGCUGAGGAGUUAUCGUUUUUAUUUUAUAUACAAACUGUUCUGUUUAAAAAACAAAAAAGAUGUUAAAAAUCAACGCUCGUGCGCGCGCGCGCGCCGCACACACGCAACAAUGCACAGCGACAGACGAACAAACGGAACGACGAGCGUGCGUCUCGGUCGCGGGGAACGUGAAACCCUCGACGACCGCCCGUCGCGUUCGAGCCGGUUCCUUCCACAAGCGGAAGGUGGUGAUCCGUUUAGAGACGCCCCGACAGAAUAACGGCGACUUGCGAGCCGUUCACCCAGGAGAGGGAAAAGACGAUUUUUAUUUCGGAGUCCCACCGGUAAGGUCAACGCGCUCCCCCUCGCACCUUGUAACGCUCGGCCUCCUCAAGGCACGGGGUGCGGUGGGGGCGGGGGGCAGUCGCGUUCACAGUGUCCACUCGCUCGUUGAGAAGAGAGAGAGAAGAUAUCUGCGGGGUGUCUGUAAAUGGAUCACCAUGUAUUUUCACGGGCAGCAAGGCCGCAUGGUGAACCGGUCGUAGGCACGAUUCACUGGCCCCUUACACCACCCCCCCCCCCCCCCCCUAUUCCACCCGUGGCGCCACCACGAUUCAAUUGCUGGGUCAAACGUCCGAUUAUUUAAAAGUUCGAUUGUGUUUUUGUCUCGUUUGUAUUUGUGCAGAGUCAAUUGUCUUUCGUUUGUCCCGUCUCGUUCGUUCCAUUAGCCCUUCCGUAGCCCUUUGCGUGCGGAUUACACACAAGUCAUAACCAAUCGGCUAUCACCCGCACAAUUUUAAUUUGUCUAACACACGCGUAUAAGAACCGAUGUUGAUCCGAUUCGUUCCGUGCCUGUGAACUGCGAAGCCGUCACGAACCACAGCAGAACUUUAUCUCAAACUUUGCUCAUCGCCAAAAAACGUAAUUUGGCCAAACAUUACAUGCAGGCGGACUCUCACAAACUAAAUAAAAGUCUUGGGGACUCAGGGAAGCUCUCCUAAGUCAACACAUCGCAAAUUGGAGAAAAAUGUACGAUUAUGUCACGGCUUUGUUGCUUUACAUAACCGAUCGUUUCAAGCGGCAUUGUUUUUUUUUGGGAUUUGGCGAAUCGAUCGUUCGUCUCUGCACCCUUCCACAACCUACGGCACCUCCGUCACGACGACGCGAGCGGUCCGAGGCCGUGGCCCUCUGCGAAGCCCUUGGGCAGCGCGACGCGUGUCGUCCCCUGCCUCCCUCCCUGACACGACGCUCAUCUCGAGACAACCGCGGACGAACGGGGCGGGCGUUAGAGUGGUGGCGCCGUAUCAAGAUUCGCGCGCGCCGCUUUUUUGUUUUCACCGCUGCGUCGCGUCGGUCGCGGCUAGCCCGGCGAGCGAAUUUAUUUCGGGUAAAGUGAGCGAGCGCGGUGGCAGUGCGCGCCGCCCAAGACAGGCUGCUGCUGCGUGGGCGUUUUUCUUUUUUCUUGUUUUCCUCCGCGGUCGCGCUGAAGUGCGGCUCUCCGACGUGAUUUCAGGGCGUGCCUGCGUACUGCUCGGCGCGGAGUCCGACGUUUCGCCCCACGUGCUUGGGAGCGCAACGUGCGACAACCGCGUCCCUGAAAACACACCGGAGACCCCCAGCCUGCCUGACCUCGCUGCAGACAAUCGUGGACGCACAGCCAAAGGCUUAAACGCAGGCUGCCACACCCUGGAUAUUGUCUGCUAAUUUAAAAAAAUAUAUAUUGUAAAAAUGAGAGCACACAAAACAACUUAUUGGCAUUUGUAGAUGUUUUUUUUAUUGUACAUGUUAUUUUAAUGAGUUUUAUUGGGCGAGGACAAACGGCGCCCCCCUAUGUAUGAUUGGUCAAACGUGAAAAGCCAUAACAGUCUCUUGGAGAUGCCUCUGACUGCGUGACCUCUAACCCCAAGCGCUCCGCGCAAAACUGCCCCGGCCAUUGACAAUCGAUCGGCACCCUGCCGAGAAAGAAUUAUUUUCAAAUCUGCGCACGUUCAAAAAAAUGUUCACGCUUUAGAGAGAAAACAAUAUAUUUUUUUCCAGCGGAGUGGACUUUCGUCACUGAUUUUUCUUCUGGGGUUCCCUAAAUAUUUGUUGAGCUUGGUCGGCGAAGGAAUGGGAAGACUCUUGUCUUUUUAUAUCUAUAUAUAUAUUAUAACUACUACUACUACUAUUUAUUGUCCUAGAAUAUUUAUAUUCUCUUGGAAAAGGCAGCGGCUGCUUGCACUGCGUAGGAGAGUAAUCUUUCGACGGACACGAUCUGGCACUUGUUCAUUUCACAAGUUCACGCGAGGAAACGUCGCAUCUCGCAGUGUGAAUGGAAGGAAAAAAACACACAUUCAAGAUUUGUGUUUUAGCAUUCACUGUUAACUUGCGAACCGACGCAAUAACAAGCCAUAUGUAAGUAACAAAACAAAUACAAAAUACUUUCGCACAUCGUCACAACUUUGUAUGGAACUCGAACACACAAACACUUUGUCUGGCACUCUCAAAAAGAAGGAAUGCCACUUUGUAACAGCGCGGGGGAGCACGGUGGGGAUGUGAAUAAUCGUUGAAAAUGUAUCGUGUAGAAUAAGACACCCAUCUCACCUGGGGUGAGAAACGGGGGGGGGGGGGGGGCACUUGAUUAGUAGCUGUGGUUUGUUGCAUUGCAUUGUGGGAAGUCCCUACCCAGCCUUAUAAGUCUUACCUAGGCCUCGCCAUCCAUCCCGGGUUUUUUCUCCCCAGAGAUCGUCCUUUCUUUCGUGGUAGCUGUCAUUAGAAUCCUGCCCAGUGGGCGCAUUCCAUCCUUUGGCUGCCAUUCUGUCACCAGUCUCAUCCAUCCGCCAUCAUCCCAAGGAGCGAAGACCUUUACGUUUGUUAACAGUAAAAAAAAACGCGACUUACAAAGCAAAAAUCCCCACAGUAUUUUUCCCCGUUAAUUUUUUUUGUUUUCGGUUCAUUAACACUUUACAUCGUUAGGUUAAUUAAAUCAGCCAACCUCACCUUCCCAGGUGUCUCCCGUCAUCACAAACAAAGACGCCCCAAUGCGUGCCACGCGGUGCGGAAUGACGGCUCAAUGACAGCGCCCCCCCGCCCCUCCACCCUGCCGACGAUGAAACCCACGUUCGUUUCAGCAACUCGUUGUUAGCAACCGAAUCGCCGGCGUGCACGUGGACGGACCAACGGGGGUACUGAGAGCCCGUGUGGUCUCAGAUGCUCAGCCUGGGCAAGCGCCUUGGACGAGCGAGCGCCAACGCGCGUAGAGCGGCUGCCGUAGAGGAUGCCGCAGGGCUACGCAGUGGCAGCGAAAUCCGUAAAGUUGUACUCCGACUCAUAUUCUUAGGUUUUUUCGAUAAAGUCACGUAGGUAAAAAAAUGUAAUUAAUCAAAUAAAAAUAAAAUAAAAAUCACGACGUUUCGGAGGCAACACAAGCUGGCCUUCCUAAAGAGAUGCCGAGAUAACAAGGUAAUACCCAUCGCUUUACAAGGACUGUUUUCUUGGAAUUUCUCUCACUUGAUACAGCUAUCGUGCUGUGACUGUUCCACCUGAAGACGGAAGCUUGUGUUGCCUCCGAAACGUCGUGAUUUUUAUUUUAUUAAUUUAAUUUUUUUACCUACGUGACUUUACCGAAGAAACCUAAGAAUAUGAAUCCUUGCAGUCACGAAAGCUUCAAAUCUAGAAUUGUACUCCGACAUCUAUGCUCCCACGCUCUCUGCUCACGGGGCUUGACCAACCCGCAUUAACCAGCGUGGUGAAGUAUUGACAAAUAACCUGUCAGGGCCCACAGGUCAGCUUUCGUGGUCGUUUGGCUCUCAUCUCUGCUCUUCUGACUUUUUCACCCCCCACACACACACACGCACUCUUGCUCCGAGAUCGGCUUUUGUCACAUGGCAGUCAAACUAAUAUUUAUAAUUGUUCGAGCUGGAAUUUAGCCAAAUUCAGUGUGUAACCAAAGUUAACGUGAUGGGUCUCUGGUGUGCAGUUGCUAUUGUUUGGUGACAGGGCUAAGGCCAUUCACUCGCUUCACUUAAGAACUCAGUUUGAACGACGACCUGAAACCCGAAUUCAAACCCAGGACCUCAGCAGCGUCCUCUGAGCCAACCCAGGCUCUUGGCAUCAUCAAUGUUUCAAACUAUUCUAAAUUACUAAUAGCAGUGAUACAUUUUUUUUGUUCGGUAAAUGUACGGAUUAACAGACAGGGUCGAGUUGUAUUAUUAUCAUCAUUAUAUUUAACAACGCUAAAUAAACUUUCGAGCAUUUGGAAACAUGGACACGGGAGUGUGGCUUUGACGUAAGGAUGUGCACUUUGCUUGUCAACACACAGAAACAACAACAACAAUCCCAAUAAUCGGACUCGGUAAACUUUUUAAAAACGAUAACACAAAAUAUCCACCCACUAUCCUCAUUGGUUGUUCCUCCCUUUUGUAAUUCCGAUGUCAUUUGAAAAGUAUUUUCCGUCAGCGGUUGGCAAUUCACCGGCUAAACCCAGCCCACUCUUGCAGUGAUGCGAGGAAUUGACGCCGUUUCGUGGUCGCGAUUCGAUUCCAGAACUGAAUAUAUAUUUUUUUCUCCCCCAAACUGCGGCGAUUGGUUUCGCGUCUCGAGUGGCUCCAGGGGUGACCUGAACCCACAGCGCGCACACACAAAUUGAAGGACUUCAAAAAUAUCCCGCGCGCGAUUCCAUGCGUGCACCGAUGAGAUUAAUGACCGAUAUUAAUGAACGGGUCGAUGCAUCGUUACACCCAUGAUUUUCAAUGUUUUCACUCCGUUUCCGUUGUGUACGGAGACAAAAUUAUCCUCGAGUUAGAACAACAAUAAUAAUAAUUAUUUAAAAAUCUGAUCUUGCAACCACCGAUUAACAAAACAGUUCCAUGAAAGACGAGGCCAGAAAUUACGCCGAAACUAUUAUUUCAUAACCGAGUACGGGGAUAAGAGACGACGUGAUGAUGAUGACGACGAUGAGAAUGUUAACGUGUAGGUUUGUGCGAGAAAUGUGAAUUGUUGGGCUGUCGAGGAGGCGACGGAUGGAGUUGAGGGGGCGCUGAAGCGUUGUCAAAGGUUCGCGGAGGGGAGUCGUGUGAAUGUAGUGCUCCACGAUUGUGGGGCGGUGGCGGUAGCGGUGGCUGUUGAUGGGAUUGUGGUUGGAGAGAGGUAACGGAAAAUGUGCGACGCAAACGUGGACGAUAAAUCUGCGUUGGUUUUUUGAGGAUCGGCGGGGCGACGAGCGUAGCGGCGUUGCGUGCUUGGCUUUCGGAGUUACCGAGUCCGAAUUUCGACAAGUUGAAAGUCGUGAUAAAGUUGUCAAAAGGGCGAUUGAAGCUUUUGGGCAAUGUCUCGGGACAGUGGCAAACGACAGCGGCAGUGGGCUAAAAUCUCGCGUUUGCCGCGUGAGCGGUCCAGUCAUCGGAAACCACCAAACGGGAAUGUGGCAUUGCGGCGGCACUCGUCAUUUUAACGUUGAAUACGCUGGCCUGGUAAACAACGAAUGAUUUCAAGGACUGUUAUUGACAAACGGUGUCCCGUAAGUGAAGUUGUGGAUAUUCGAGAGAUUGUGACUUGACUCAAGGGCAGGUUCUGUAGUUUAAAACCGCCUCUUGUACAUAGUUGUAUCGCGAACGAGAAGAGUAGGUUUUGAGUUGUUAUCCCCCCUUCUUGUGUGUCUGUGUGCAUUUUCUGCAGACUCUACUGGCGUUUGCUCCCACAUGCAAAAAGUUUUGCCCGUCAAUGGAAUUGGACUGACAUCCCAAUGUAGCAGAGGGGCCCUCUUGAAAACGACUGCUUGAGACUCGCUGAGGUCCUUACGUAAAUAAAAUAAAAGAUGAAAUAUUAUUUAUAAUUGUACGCGUUUAACACUUCGAGCUCAACGCAACUUAUCGCAAGUAACAUUUCAGCCCUUACCGAUUGAUAAUGGCUCCCGUAAAAAAGAAAGUUUUGGUUUGUGGCAUGUGAUGUUUUUUUUUCUCUUUUGGAAUGGUGUGUACUUUUUUUAUCAUUAGAGUAUUUUUUAUUAUUUUACGUUAUUUAUUUUUUUAAUUUCAUGCGUGUGGAAUUGGUUGAGAUUUUAAUUGGAGGGGGGUAGAUAUCAAUUUUUUUUUCUGGCGGGUGGGGAGGGGGGUCCUUUGUAAGCCACACUACGCAAAACAGUGAAAGCACAUCCGCACUGCCAGCGUGCGUGCUGCACACAUUAUUUUUUAAUGCUUUGAGGUUUAAUAUUUAUAGCUUGAAAAAAUAUAUAACUUAAUGUUGUGUUCCUUUAGGGUUCGCUUUGGACAUUCCAGUGUUUAGGAGUAAGAACAAUGCCUCUUUUUCAUUUAAAUCAGUUUCAAAUAUAUACACACGUGGGAUGCUACCGUGGUGUAAUGGUUAGCACGCAGGACUUGCAAUCCAGAGGUCGUCCAGUUCGAUUCCAUCUACUGGCGCAGCAGUUUAAAUAAUGGGUGCAGAGUUUAUUAAAUACUCCCCCCUUGCCCCGGCCACUACUUUAUUAAGUAGAUUCACCGUAAGUUCGUCUAUGAGAGCCCAGAGCACGGUGUGGUGGGGUCAAGUGUGGGUGUACCCCCCCACUUGUCAGAUAUCUUGGCCAGUGUGGAAGUGUAGGUCCGUGGGAGGAGCUGUCUAGAGCUCCCUGGAUAAGGAUGCUCCUUCCACCAGCAGUGGUGGAAACAAGCACUUGCAGGGCUAUGCCUUUAUCCACUCUACCCCCUCCCCUUUUUUAUUUUACACGCGUAAAAUAAUUAAAACCCCCAAAUUGUGUGCCAAAGCAGAAAAUGUCUCAUUAAUGAGAUACGGUAAUUGUCAUGCCUCAAAAUUACCCAUUGAAAUCACAGGCAAAAAAAACGAAAAUCUUGUUUUCAUGAAAUAGACGUUUUCAACUUGCAAAAGCACUGGACUGUCCACAAGCUGUGUUGAUGUGUGUGUGUGUGCGUGCGCGCGUGGACAAACUUAUAAAAGGCUGGUAACUUUUUUUGGCAUCCGCGGUGGGGGGUGGGGGGGUGGUGGGGGUGGUGGCCAGGUUCAGUCACCCACCUCGUGAUUAUCGGCGGGCUCGAGGUCGUAGUGAACGGGCUAAACGAACAGGAGGCCAGAGAGGGGGCUGCGCGAGUCGCGGAUGCCUGUACAUAAAACACGCUGCAGCCCUCUCUCGCUAGUCACGUCCACUGCUGGAUGAUGAGGGGGGGGGGGGGAGGCCCUUCCUGCCCACGCCGUGCCGGUCACGGGCCUUUAUUUUGACCGUGCGCUCUGGUCAGUGCCGGGUUUUGGCGAACGAUGCGGGGGGGGGGGGGGCGUAGAGACGUCGUGAGCAUGGCAGCAGCAGCACGGCGCAACAAAGCGACGUUGCUGCGCUGUCAAGCCGGUGAGUUCUGCGGCACCGUAGCAGCAGCCGACGACACCUCUCUUACGCACGGGUUGGUGGUCGCCCAUUGGAGCACUUAAUCCAGAUUCGAAGUCCCUGCCGAGCUUCUGAGAACGGGCACGAAGCGAUCGGUCAUCUGGAACAGACCCGGCAACUCCGUCGAAGGCCUCGCCUGACCUCCGGUCACUUUCGCGGACGAAUUGACGCGGCUGUCCUUUCUGAGCGGUCUCUUGUUUAAGCGAUCUUACUUUGUAUUGUACGUUGAACUUCUUUUGCACCGUACGUAGCCAACGGUGCGAAGGCGAGGCGCGGGAGAAAGACAGCAAACUUAACACAAAAAGCAGUUCUAAAGAAAUUCGUUUUCAAUCUAGAUGAUUUAAAAAUGCAUAGCUCCAGUGGCUUCCUAAUAUUGGAAGGAAGAGCGUUCCAGACGGCCGCAGAAGCGCAUCCUUGACUGUUGUUCUGUUGUACAACGUCAGGGCGACCGCUACACAGCGCUGGUGGAACACAACACGUGGACGUACGUGCGGUGGGGGGGGGGGGUGACGCGUGGCGUUCACCGGUAGCGUCGUUCACUCUCGCAGCGCUCACUGAAAGCGGCGUGGGAUAUCUUUUAAAUUAACAAUCGCCGUGGCACUUAAAUCCUGCACGAGCUCAUUGGGCAGCGAAGGGCGGUCACGCGCCGGUUUAAAUGCAUUCUGCGAAAGCGAACGACGGUCAGCUCGGACGCACGUGGAACUCGGGCAACAACAACAAAACAAAACCGCAACAUUUAUUUUUCGCCACUUUGCUAAAUUUCUCACGGAGGUAAACCUUGCGCUGGUGCCCGCCCGACCACAUAGAUGCCAACACAGACACGUGACAGCAGCAGCCGCCGGCGCCAUUCGCUAAAUGUACGUCCGUCGAGUUUCUUUCUCGCCACCGCACGCAGCCAACCGUGCUGUCGUCCCCCGAAUGUUUUGUUUGUUAUAAACUAAUGUAGCUGCCCCAAUCGGUACACCUGGCGGAGCCGUCUCCUUCCACUCGGGCGGUGGAGACCAGCUGAGCCACCUGUGUGGAGGGCCACCGUAACGGUGAUGAUGCACCCCGCUCGGGAGGAGAGUAAUCUUGGGUGCUGGUGGGCCCCUCCACCCACCCACCAACAACUCCGGCCCGAACUUCUUGACCCGUUGCCACUAACGCUGGGGCGAGCCGCCACCAAAUUGAUAAAAUAAAAUAGGUGAUCGCAAACAGCCCUAAACCCACACACACACAAGAAAAGUUGAUCUCAGCUGGGUCUGCCUGCAUCGGCGAACCGAAACAUAUUCAUGCACCCUGCAAACCACAUCCAUCGUUCCUCUCGUCAAUGGUUGUGGGACAAUUGUCACAUGCCAAAUGUCUUCAAAUCUACAGGCCUCCCAGAGAACACUUUUGCACCCACACCACACAGAGUGUACCCGUCGCCAUGGUUGCGACUAAAUAUCCAUCGCGUACCAACUCUCCUCUUUAGUUCAGUCUCUCACCAGCUACCCGGAAAACUAAAGUAACGAAAAUAUCGAUUUGAGUUGUUACCCGCUGUUCGGGCAAACGCGCAUAGAUUUGGACACACGGUCGCGCAGCAAAUCGCCUUACCGACGCCUUCCGUCCGUCAGGAUCUCAGUGGGCGUCGAUCGGCCACGAUUUGUUCCGACGUUUCGCUCCACGAGGGGGGGGGGGGGGAAGAGAGCGCGUGGAGAAGAAGCUCGCAGUACCAACCAAAACAGACGGAGAGAGAGAAACCAGCUCGGAGCGUUUGUUACGACGACUUGUGUUGUGGUUUUUCUUUUCUUCUCGCGAUGUCGCGCGUGGUUGUUGUUGUUGUUGUUUUUUUUU